GUUCCGGGUCUUUAGUGAGGUCAACACCGAGGCGGAGAGGAGGGAAGAUGGGCUACGUGCUGCGAACCCUUGGCCAGUGGCGGGGCCUCACUGCACCCCAGGGUGGGCUUUCCCCCGCCGCCAGAUCAUUCCUACCAUGGCUGCCCCAACUCAGGACUCUUACCCUCUUCACCCGAGUCUCAGCUGAUCCCCCUGGCAGCUUCCAUGCAUCUUGGAGCUAUCAACAGGUCCGCUCUAAGGCCCGAGGUAACGAAUACCAGCCCAGCAACAUCAAACGGAAGCGGAAACAUGGCUGGAUUAAGAGGCUCAGCACCCCUGGAGGAAUCAAGGUUAUCUUGCAACGCAUGCUGAAGGGACGAAAGUCCUUGAGUCACUGAGGCCCUGAACAGGCUCUGUCAGGGAGCCAGAAUGAGCAACAUCUAGAGACUGCAUUAGCAAGAUGGGAUGGACAGGAAGAUCACCGAGACAAAGCUUUUCCUCUUGUAUACUGCCCCAGGACUGACUUUCCUUGGCAUAGUAUACCAUGGGAUUUUUCAGCAAGGUCUUUGAGUUCAGAAAACUGAAGUUCUUUCUCUAAUGUCAGAAAUGUACUAAAUUCAGAACCAUUAAAGCAUUUGAACCCUG